CAGCUUCCCAUUCACUUCGCAGUGAAGAUGGCGUCGGGCAGUGGGACGAAAAACUUUGACUUUCGCCGAAAGUGGGACAAAGAUGAAUACGAGAAACUCGCGGAGAAGAGGCUCACGGAAGAAAGAGAAAAGAAGGAUGGAAAACCAGUGCAGCCAGUCAAGCGGGAGCUUCUCCGACAUAGGGACUACAAAGUGGACUUGGAAUCGAAGCUUGGGAAGACAAUUGUUAUUACCAAAACCACACCACAAUCUGAGAUGGGCGGAUAUUACUGCAAUGUCUGCGACUGUGUGGUGAAGGACUCCAUCAACUUUUUGGAUCACAUCAAUGGAAAGAAACAUCAGCGGAACCUGGGCAUGUCUAUGAGGGUGGAACGUUCUACCUUGGAUCAAGUGAAGAAACGGUUUGAAGUCAAUAAGAAGAAGAUGGAAGAGAAACAGAAAGAUUAUGAUUUUGAGGAAAGGAUGAAGGAGCUCAGAGAAGAAGAGGAAAAGGCCAAAGCCUACAAGAAAGAGAAACAGAAGGAAAAGAAAAGGAGAGCGGAGGAGGACUUGACAUUUGAGGAGGAUGAUGAGAUGGCAGCUGUGAUGGGCUUCUCUGGCUUUGGUUCCACCAAGAAGAGUUACUGAGGCGCCUGUGCUUGGCCUUUGAUGGACCUGUCUAUGUGUGUGUGGAGGGUGGGGGUCAUUUGUGGGCAAGUACCUGGGGAAAGGCCAUACGAGUGACAGUGGGGAGAACUAGAGGGAGGGUGUGUUCUUGGUCCCUCCACCUUGGGAGAGGGGACAGGCUGCAGAGGUAAGCUGUGGUGUCAUUCCUCAGUCUAUCGCUGGAGUCACAGGCCCUCUGCCCACCCGAGUUCCCAAUAAAGAAAAACCUUUUCUGAGGCUAUUUUCCCAAAAUUCCCCCUGCAUCUUUCUCUCUUCAUCUCUCCAGUCUCUUCUCUGAGCAUUCUACUUUUAUCCGGCGUUCAGCCUUUAUUUGACUCUGACUUUUGCUCAGCCCGCAUUGGAAACAUCCUUCGGGUUCCCUGUUUCCAGUGGAGAGCCCUCCCUUUCUUGCAUCCCUCCUGUGGUUCUCUGGCCACCUGUGCAUGCAUGUGUACUUCUGCCUGAGUCAGUGGUGUGUGUGGGGGUGUGUGCAUGAAUCUGUCACAUAGAGGGAGCUUGAGCCAUGACCUCAGAGCAUUGCUGCCUUGGGGUUCUUACGUUCUGGGCUUCCUCAGAGCAUGUAACAGAAAAUUAAAUGGGACGAGUGCCUGGUGUGCUUUGUGUUGGGUGAGUUUUUAAUCUGUGUUUUUCAGAUGUAGACUUUUCCUGUUUGUUUUAUUUUAUUAAGGAUUACGUUGUCUUCUUUGUGAGUAGGUUCUUGGAAGAACCUGUUUGAUGCAAAAAAGAAAAAAACCUCAUGGGAACGGUCUCAGAGGCUGUUCAACGUGUAAAAUAAAUGGCAUUGACUGAGCCUCUUUCACCUUUGGUGCGAACAGUC